GAAAUUUGGAAAACAAAGAAAACGUCGAGGAAGGAACCAGUUGGACCUAAGUGUUUCGCAAACUGGGUUUCGUCUUUCUUUUCCUUCCCUUCAAAUAGUCUCACGCUAAACAUUUUCAGGAACACAUAUCGAGCUUUUUUUUCUACAGAAUUCUAUUAAUUUAACGGAUGAGUCAAAUCCGACAAGAAAAUGACUCCGGAACAGGAGGUUUUUUCGUCAACUUUAAUCAAGAUUCCACGUCAUUGGCUGUGGGAACAAAAGUCUGUUACAGGCUAUUCUCCCUAUCUUCUGUUGAUCGUUUAGACCUUAUUUAUGAAAGCACCAGCGAGUUAGAUGAAGAUGCAUGUCUUGUUGAAAGACUAUUUUCUAGCAGUCUUGUUGCAGUAGUCAGCUUAUCCUCUCCACGGAAACUGAAGGUUUGCCACUUCAAAAAAGGAACAGAGAUCUGCAAUUACUCAUAUUCCAAUACUAUUUUGGCUGUAAAACUCAAUCGAGCUAGACUUGUAGUAUGUUUAGAAGAAUCACUCUACAUACAUAACAUAAGGGAUAUGAAAGUGUUACACACCAUUCGUGACACUCCUUCAAACCCCCAAGGUUUGUGUGCUUUAUCCCCCAACUCCAAUGAGCAUUGCUACCUAGCCUAUCCUGGAUCUGCAACUAUUGGAGAAGUUCAAAUUUUUGAUGCCUAUAACUUGCAAGCCAAGACAAUGAUUCCAGCUCAUGAUUCUCCAUUGGCUGCAAUUGCGUUUAGCAUUACUGGAACGUUGAUUGCCACUGCCUCGGAAAAAGGGACUGUAAUACGGAUCUUUAGGGUUGAUGAUGGCGCUCGUCUUCAUGAAUUUAGGAGAGGAGUGAAACGCUGUGCCACUAUCUACAGUUUGGCUUUUAGCGCUGAUUCGCAAUACCUAGCUGCCUCAUCAAAUACCGAAACGGUUCACAUCUUUAAAUUAGAAGAUCCUCAACGUCCUGGAUCUUCUAGUGAAGAGCCCCAAGGGUGGAUGGGUUACCUUUCUAAGGCAGUGUCGGUAUCUGCAAGCUACCUACCAACUCAGGUGGCUGAUGUUUUCAGUCAAGGUAGAGCCUUUGCUACAGUCCACCUCCCAUUCCAAGGCAUUCGAAAUGUCUGUUCCCUCGCAACGAUUCAAAAAGUCAUGCGUUUGUUGAUUGCUUCAGCGGAAGGCUACGUUUAUGUGUAUGAAGUAAACCCUGUCGAAGGAGGUGAUUGCACAUUGCUGAAACAACACAGAUUGGACGGAUUAAUUGAAAACGGGACCGAAAAUUCUCAUUCUGACGGUUACAGCGGAGCCCAUGGAAAAGCAAAACUGGAUGCAGCAGGUAGCUACGCGCUCAUUGUCAGGGGACGACCAUUCUCUCAGAUGACAGCUGAUUGCCUACCAGGUUGGGGCUCAUCGUUUCUCCCUUUAUUGGUCCACUGUUUACACUCCCUUAUCUCUGAUUCUGAAAAGUUCCACGAUAUGGAGCGCGCCACGGAAACUCCACCAGCUAAUCCUCUUCGCUUGGAUGACGAAGGAGAAUUUCCGCCCAUGACUCAAAAACUGGAUUGAGUUUCUACUUUGUUCCACAUACUUUAACUAGGAUCAUUUUGUACCUUCUUUCGGAAAUGUGUCACAAUGUUGAACUUCACUUCUUCUCCCAAGAUGGUACCUUUGAAAUGUAGACACAUUUGAUUUUCUCUCUCUUUCUUCAAGUAUUGGGUUAAAACCUUGCUUCUUCAUUAGUUUAGAUUUACUCCCUGUCGUCUCGUUUAAUAAUCGAGAAUAAGAUUUAUUACUUUUUUUGUUCUACUGAUGUCAGUGUGUAAAUACAUUUGGUCGAUAAAUA